UACGCAUCACUGAAACUUCUGUCUUCAUUGGGGAGUGCGAUGCUAUGGCACUUGUCGUUCUCGUUCGUCGUUCUGAUCGAAGUAGCAACUAGUUAAGUACACCUUUCCAUAGGCCGCACUCCGCACCAGCCAACCCAACCCUUAUGUUAUGUAGCAUUCCUUUUCCCCUACCUAUACUAACAAACAGACAAAACUCUCUCUCUCUGUGUUUCCUUUUCUCCCCAUUUUCAAUUCUGUUUCUACUCUUUGAAAACACCAGUCUCCUUGAGCCUUCCCUUAAUGGCUCUCUGUCUAAAAACAUCAAGAAUUAGUAUCCAUUGUCUCAAAUCCAAAAUGGGUCUGCUGAGCAUGAUCAAACAAGAUUCUUGUUUGAGUUCUUUAACUCAUCCUCAAAAACCUCCAUUUCCAACUCGCAAUGCUCAAAAUUUCAGAGACCCAGAUGCAAAUUUCCGAAUGUCAGCGACCCUUUUCUCCGCUCGUCGUUUGAAGUCUGUCAAAGCUGAAAAACAAUUCUGUUCUCUCGAUAAUGUUGAUCAUAAUCAGGUCUUAGAUUUACCAGGAGGAAAGGUUGUGCUCACUCCUGAGAUGAGGUUCAUAUCUGAAUCCCCUGAAGAGAGGGCACAAUGCUACCGGGUCCUUGAUAAUGAUGGGCAGCUGAUUAUGUGCAGCAAUUUUAAAAAGGUCGGUGAGGAAAUUGCUGUAAAAAUGUACACUGACAUGGUUACGCUGCAAACCAUGGAUGCUGUUUUCUAUGAAGCACAAAGGCAAGGAAGAAUUUCCUUUUAUGCAACCACAAUUGGAGAAGAGGCUAUUAACAUUGCAUCGGCAGCAGCACUCACCACUGAUGACCUUGUCUUCCCUCAGUAUAGGGAACCAGGGGUUCUAUUAUGGCGUGGUUUCACACUACAAGAAUUUGCAAACCAGUGUUUUGGAAACAAAGCUGAUUAUGGAAAAGGCAGGCAGAUGCCUAUCCAUUAUGGGUCUAACAAGCUCAACUACUUCACUGUAUCAGCAACGAUUGCUACACAACUUCCCCAUGCAGUGGGUGCUGCAUAUUCUUUGAAGAUGGACAGAAGAAACGCAUGUGUAAUCACUUAUUUUGGUGAUGGUGGCUCAAGCGAGGGAGAUUUCCAUGCUGCUUUGAAUUUUGCGGCUGUUAUGGAGGUCCCGGCUAUAUUUUUCUGCCGGAACAAUGGCUGGGCCAUUAGUACCCCUACUUCAGACCAGUUCCGAAGUGACGGUGUUGUUGUUAGAGGCCGUGGUUAUGGAGUUCGAAGCAUUCGAGUAGAUGGUAAUGAUGCUCUGGCCAUUUAUAGUGCGGUUCAUGCUGCACGUGAAAUGGCAAUUAGUGAACACAGGCCAAUCUUGAUUGAGGCCAUUACAUAUCGUGUGGGGCAUCACUCCACUUCCGAUGAUUCCACCAAGUACCGUCCAGUUGAUGAGAUUGAAUGGUGGAGAUCGGCACGAGACCCAGUAGCUAGAUUUAGAAAAUGGAUUGAAAGCAAUGGUUGGUGGUGCAGUGAGGCUGAGUCAGAGCUAAGAAACAAUGUGAGGGAGCAGCUAUUACAUGCAAUUCAAGUGGCAGAAAAAAUUGAGAAACCCCCACUUGCCGAGCUUUUCAUGGAUGUUUAUGAUGUUCCCCCAUCAAAUCUUUGUGAGCAGGAGAAAUUGCUGGGAGAGACUGUUAGAAGGAACCCACAGUAUUACCCACCCGAUGUUUCUCUUUAGAUUAAUAUAAAUGUGCAUGUAUAGGCAGCUAAGUUCAUUCAUAAAAGCUUGGACUUGUUUUCUAGCAUCUGUUUUUCUAUUAACCUAAAGGUUUGCCGCCUUUGUCAAGCACUCUACAGGCUUAAACAAGCUCCACAAGUUUGGUUUUCCAAGUUCAGUGGCACCGUUGCACAACUUGGUUUCACCUCCAACUCAUACGACUCUGCCUUGUUCAUCCAAUGCAUUGGUACUAGUAUCAUUCUCCUUUUUAUUUAAUGUGAAUGACAUAAUUAUCACUAGUCAUAGUAGAAUCUCUGAGUGUUAACAUUCAGAGACGAAGGGAGGGGAGUGCCAGUAUUGGCCAUGGCCCUCCCUCCUCUUUUGAAAUAUAUUUAGACAGAGUUUGGUUAUGUGCA